GCCCAGCAGAGUGUCUGUUUCAAGAAUCGUACUUCAGUUUAAUGAAAACUGCACUAAAACCUAAUGGAAUCGUUUGUAGCCAAGCAGGAACAGCGUGGGCAAACCUCGACCAUGUGACGCAAACUCUGCAACAUUGUAAGACCGUAUUUCCGGUUGCGUCUUACGGAAUAGCAAUGGUACCAACGUACCCCACAGGACAAAUCGGUUUUGUCCUUGGUAGUUUGAAUACAGAAACGAACUUCAAAGAGCCGAAGAAAGUUUUCAUUGAUAGUGAACUGAAUCGAAUGAACCUAAAGUACUACGACGAUGAAGUGCAUCGUGGUGCAUUCAUUCUGCCAAGGUUCGUCAGGAAAACAUUGCAAGGGGCGGAUGAUAAAAAAUAA